CACCACUAGACCUUUGGAAGAACUUUGAGCGUGGUAGAAUGUUAGUUCAGGUGAUGGAAGCUUUCAGUUCACUUCGAAUUGAUUAGUGAUUAUGCGAAAGUUAAUUGUUGCUUUUUGUAAAUAAUAUUGUAUUAAUUAACAAUCACUUUUUAAAAGCCGGCUCUGAUUCCUAUUUAAAUUAAAGUGAAUGAGAAUGAACCAAGUAACAAAACGUCGUGCUUUACGAAGCAAUGAUUCUCCUGCUGACGAACAUUCGAAAUUGAAAACAGAUGAUGAAGAUUUGAAUAGCGAUGGUGAAGAAUUAUCAGAAAAUGAAGAAGACGGUCUUGAUGCAACCGACAACUAUUCUCCUCCUGUGCAGUACAGAGUAACACUGUCAAAAAGUGAAAAUAUUAACAUUAGACGAAAUGAAAGAAGUCAGGUGUCAAAAAGUACACGUGUCAACAUUAAAAAAAAUCAAACAAGUCAGGCUGACAAUAAGUACUUAUAUCUCUGUGCACUCUUAGCUGCUGUUAGUUUGAUUUUGCUGGGUUGCUAUUAUUCUGGUUUUGGAAAGAAUAGUUUGGAUUGCAGCCAAAUUCCCAGUUGCAGUUUUAAAAGUCUUUACAAGCAACUGCAGGACGAAUUCCAGAAACAGAACAAGUGGAGUUGGAAAGUGAUCCGCGCGGCCGUCGAUUCGGUCAUCAACUCCACCCGACACGAACAACCCGCCGUCAUCCUGCUGGUGGCCAGCCGGUGGGCCGAGCCGACGUCUUCGUGUCUGGCCAACAGAUUGGCAUCUUCUUUAGAGAAAUCGUUUAAUAACCGAAAACAUUAUCCGAGGCUGAAUUCUCUGGAAGGUGACGCCGACCGCGACAUGAAAGAGAAGAUAGACGCGACUUUCAGAGAGAGCUUUGACAAAAACGACCAUCGCGUCAUUCUACUAGAGAGACUGGACGCCCUAUCGGCCGAUUCGGCCAUGAUCCUGCACUCCUACUGCGACCACGAGAAUGCACCGUACAAGGACGUGGUCAUACUGAUGACGGCCGCCACCGACGCCUCCGUCGAAAGCUCGGAACUCACGGUCAAGAAAAUGGACCAGAUCGCCUGGAAGCACCUGGAUAGCAGGUGGGAAGAUCUUCACGAAGAGAAGAGGGUGGCGUUACUGUCUAGAAUCACCACCAGCGUAGCUCUGAUCCUCCCCGAAGACGAGGUUCCGCAGAUCUGCACGCAGUACGCUACCCUGUGACGCCACAUCCCGGCAAAACGUUUUGUACAAAUGUUUCAAAAUAUAUAAAAAUGUUUAUUUAGUAUACACAAAAAUGUUAUUUUUUUGUAUAAUUUACAUUGUUACAUAUUUUUCAAAUUGCCACACAAGAAAGGACAAAUUUUCAUGACUAGACAUUGUUACAUUCAAAAUUCAUUGUUUCCUACAUGAAAUUUU